AUGGUUGUUGGACACAGUGCCCGAUUGGGGACGUCCCGCCUGGUGACGCUCGACAUGCCCGAUGCCCUGUCCGAGCGGGUGAUGAAUGCGCUGAAAGCGGAUCCCCGCACUGUCGACUUGCGUGCAUUGGCGCCACAUUUCUACACAUUGAGCGAGCGGAUCCUGGAGUUGUUUGAAGAAGAGGAGAUGGUGGACGUGUUAAGUGAUACCUUCAAGAAGCGGGCAGCCGAGAUUUCUGACCACGCACACAAUCCGAGAGGUGCUGUUGGAGAUGGUGUGGAUUUUCUUCGGGGACUGGAGGAGACAGAACGUCAAUUGUUCCGAGCGGCCCAUGAUCGGGCGAAGGAUAUGCGCAUUUGGGCCGGAGAAGCGAAGAAAAAAUGA